AUGCCUACACCUCAAUAUGUAGACUUUCGAGAAAAGACCAUUUUCGUUUUGGGGAUUCUGUCGUUUGGUAUCAUUCCAUUUAUUUUGGUAGGUAAUGCAUUUGUCAUAAUAUCGUUGAUCAAAUUCAAAUUUCGGUUUCGAAAUGUGACAAACCUUUUCAUUGGAUCCUUGUCCGUGGCGGACUGUCUGGUGGCAGUUUUGUCGUUGCCACUUUACGUGGCGUUUUACUUCCAAGGUGAAGAGUUGGUGACCAUCAAAUACCUUUGCUUAUGUAAGUACUCCUCCGUCGUCUGCUCAAUGAGCGCCUCGAUCACAAACCUGGUGGCCAUAGCAGUGGACAGAUACAUCGCCAUAAUUUAUCCGUUGAAGUAUCCAUCCACAAUGACAAGAAAAAGAGCUCUGGUCAUCAUUGGAUUUCUGUGGGUCUAUAAUCUGUGUUUGUUUGUGUUUCCCUUCGUGGUCAACAAUUACGAAGCUGGUACAAACGAAUGUGACUUAUUUAAUGUUUUGCCGAGGCUUUAUUACAUGAGCUGUACAUUUGGAGCCGUUUUCCUUUGUCUGGCGCUGGCACUAGUCAUGUAUAUCAGGAUUUUUGUGGUUACUCAGAGACAUCGAAAAAGGCUCAAGAUAUACAAUGAGAGUCGUAAAUCUACCGUAAAUCGCAAGUUGAAAACGGAAGUAAAAUCAGCUAAAACAAUGGCCGUCACCUUAUUUCUGUUUUUCAUAUUUUGGAUUCCGUUUAUGGCUGUCGGGCCCCUGACAUAUUUGAAUCUUGAAAAGAAUCUCAUUUAUUCUAUCAAAAGCAUUGCCAUUUUUAUUGCAAAUUGCAAUUCUGGAAUCAAUCCCAUAAUUUAUUGUUGGAUGAGAAAAGAUUUCAAUGCAGCGUUUAAGGCGAUCAUCAGAUGUUCUAAUCGCAGAAAAAGAAAUGAAAUUCAGACUGACCCUUUGUCCAGUUUCCCUAAGAACAAAGAAAUCCGGAAAAGAAAUUCAAAUAAUGAAAGUAUUUGGAAAGAAAAUGAAUCGGAGACAUCUAGUCGCACACCGUGCAACAUGUCUUCUGAAGACAGCUGUAAUGAGACCUACAAUGGCGGGGAAAUAUUUUUUGUUUCUGGGACAGAAGUACCUGCUGCAACUGAGUGA